GUCCGCAAAAACCUCAACUUUCUUCCAGAAAAACCUCUCUUCCCUGCAGUUCAUGGAUGUCAAAGGAGCAACAUGUUCAACUGGCUAUGGCCAGCCACCACCAUGGAUGUUCAAAGGAAGUGCCUUGUACCAACUACAUCUUGUAAAAGCUGAAAUUGCUCGAGUAUUCAUACCUAAGGAGUUCAAAUUAGUUGAAGCUUUUGGAUACACCCUUGGUGGUUUUUUCCUUGCUAAAUAUGAUGACAGUCCAGCUGGGGCCUUUGAUGAGCUUGUGGUGUUAGCAGGACUUAUUAAAGAUGCUGGUCCUCCCACAUCAUCUUGCGCAUGGGCUGCCAGGGUUUUUGUGAACAGUGAAGAAGCUUGUGAUCAUGGAAGAAAGGUCAGAAUUUUGCAGAACUUCAAGUACAAAUAUGGAUAUUUGAAAGUUUCACAUGUUAAAUUUUUGAAUAACAUGGGAAACUAUGCAAACGAAGUCUAGUUAGUUUAUUCCAAUAUGAAUCCAUGUAAUAAUAUCCCUUGCCAGCU